AAUAUUCGCUGUGACGGCGGCUAACGCUCGAUCGCCAUUGAUCAUUACACUCUUCCCGUUGAUCACCAUUUUUUGAUAAAAACCUUUGUCAAAUCUUUCCCAGAGAUUCUAUUAAUCAGCGGUGGAUGUUUUUUCCGUUUAUGAUAUAUCGGGAAUAAUACGUGUCAUGUUUUCUUCAAUCUGUCAGUCAUUAUUGACUCGAUCCAGUCAGUUUAUGGUUUCUGGUUUUAGGGGCACAGCAGCAAUACAAUGGCAGCAACUAAGAACUGUAGUUAUAGUGCGCCGUCUUUUUCCACCACCUAUUCCUAAACUUGGAAAGAAAUACACUAGACCGAAGAAGAGCCAUAAGGUUUAUAUCUUAGAAGAGGAUACAACGCAUCGACCAAGGCAAAAGCUUAAACUUAUUCUCAAAGAUGAUGUACCAAAGAUAGGUAACCGAGGAGAAGUGGUAAUGGUUGACAAGAGAAUAGGUAGAAACAAACUAAUACCAUCAGGUGCUGCAGUCUAUGCUUCCCCAGAAAACAUUCAAGAAUUUGCAAUGACAAUGAAGAAAGAGAAGGAAGAGUCAACAGAUGAAGGAAGAUUAUCUCCAAUGGCAAUGAAGACAAUCAAGCACCUACAGAAGAACAUGUUAGAAGUCAGAAUGCAUGCAGACUCUGAAUGGACAGAAGUUACUAAGGAUCAUGUGAUUCAUGCCUUCAGACAUAGACUUGGUGUUGUUGUGGCUGAACAUGCUCUGAAACUACCAGAUGAAACCAUUACCAAAUGUGGCACAUAUCCAUUGGAAGUUACUAUCAAUGGCAUUGAAACAGUUCAUGUGGAGAUGGAGGUUAUCAACUUCUUGCCAAAGAGGAGAAGAACUCAAGAAUCAGAAGGGAGUCGAGAAGAUGAAUGAUAUUGAAUCAAGAAAAAAAAAACAUUGCCCUUAAAUCUGUGUUAACCAUAUGCAAUCAUUAUACCUGACAAAGAUCCUUGUUUGGGAAAGCCAUAUCCUUUAUAUCCCUUGCUUCUUUCUUGGUCAGGGAUAUGACCAAAUAGCCUUCAAGCAAGCUAUAAAAUACCUGUUAAAUGACCCUGAGCAACACACACCCUCAACCACAGCUAGGGGCCACACAUGAGAAACUAGAGAGGCUCCUCUGCCAGCUUGUACAUGUAUGCUCUCAUUUCUAUUCCCCUAUUUUCCUUUUUUCCAAAGUAGAUUACUUUUUUGCUUGAAAUUACAAACGGGUAAGCAUUGAAAUGCUUAAUACAAAUGUUUCUUAAAUUCUUGUUAAAACUAGAAUUGAAUUCACUCAGAAUUAUCUAGCACAGCCAGAAAUCUGUGACAUGCUCUUACCAUACAUAACAGUUAUUGUUGUCAUUAAGCUCUGGUAGGUGUUUCAUAAAGCUGUUCGUAAGUUAAGAGUGACUUUAAGAAUGACUAGUGAACCUUAUGUGCUAAAUAAUCACUAAUGAGUACAUAAUGGUGAACAUCAUUUACCACAAGAAAGGAUCACCAGUCGUUCUUAAAGUCGCUCUUAACUUACGAACAGCUUUAUGAAAUGGCCCCUAGGCUUGAUCCUGAGGCUGGCCAUGCAGCAAUAGGAAGUUGAGACUUCUUAUUCUCUUACGUCGCAAGUUUUUAAAUAGGGAAUAAUUAUAACAGAGAUUUGAGUUUGAUGGCAUGGGUUUCUAUAGAAGCAUUAUUUGAUGUAUUUAUCAUGUUUCCCCUGUACUUGUGAGAGCAUCAGGAAUUCAAUUGAUGGUCUUCUUGGCAUAAAUUACAUCUUCCAUGUAAAUGUGGAAAGAGAUUCAAGACUUACAAAAUGUGUGUAUUGUCUCCUAAUAUUGAAAGAUGUAUGGAGAAAGUUGAGGCAGUAAUCAUAUGGUCCUUGAAGUCUUUUAUUAAGCUGUUUAGAAUUUGUCAAUUUUAACCAGGACUGAUGAGUUCUCAACCACUUUGAUUUCCAUCAACCGAAAUUGAAAUCAGGUCUUGGUAUUUUUACUCACAAUCACACUUAUGAAAUUAGAGUAUGAUGCAUUACACAUGAUUAUUGUUAUGUACAAGAUUAAUGCCUUUGUAUCUUCCAUGUUCUCCCUAAGGAGAUGAACUUUGAAUGUAAGAUUAUCAUAUAAUUUCACACGCUCUCUUUUGACAUGUGGCCAUUAGGAUUUUGUUAAGAAUGAGGUUUGGCGGUGAAAAAUAGUUUGUAGCCAUGGACUAUCGUAGAAAGCACUGCACGAUUGUCACAGGAACACUUAAGACAGGCUGCAUACAAAUUCAAAUUACAAUAUAGAUACUUCCUAAUUGGACAAAGGAAAAGUAUCAAAAGUGUAAUUUCCUGGAAAAGUGCAAAAAUUGUCUCUUAUUUAAAUAGACACUGAAACAUUAUCAGUGUUUUAUCUAUGAAAUUUUGCCAGGAAGGAAAAAAAAUCAAUGUAUAUUACAAGCACAUUAAAACAAAAUUUAGGUUAAUUUAUCACUUUCUUUUUGUCAAAGUAGGGCAGCAUACUUUCUACAUGAUAGAGAGGAUACCUAAAUAUCAGAUGGAUAUUUUUCUCGGGACAUUUAAUACGACAUGUACUAAAAUUCCUGGAGGAAUAACAUAGCUUCCUUUGUUUAAAAAGGUAUUUUUUGACAAUGUUUGAUGCUAUGGCAUUACUUAACUCUUUCAGGCAGAGAAUGAACUAUCUGGGUAUUAUAUUUUUCUCUUUGAAAUUAAGAUACCACUGUACCUUCUCUUCCUCACUCUUGCUCAUAUAUGUGCAAUGAAUUGAUUAUAACUGGUUAACUGUUAAGUUCUGAUCAAAGAUCUUCAAAACUUCUUGGUUCAUUUUUCUGGGAUGCUCUCAAUCGAUACAUUCUUCAAAGCAGCACAUUUAUUUCAUUGAAGUUGUACAGUGUAUGUGAAUUUCUUUCAAAAAAUUAAUAAAAAUUAAUGAAAGGGAAUAAAAGAAAGGCAAGUGAGACAGACACCCUUAUAACAAAAAAAAGACAAGAGAGACAGACACAGAAGGGUCUGGAUGAGAGACUGAAUGAAGACUGAGAGUAGGAAAAGUGACCAGACAAAAGAUAUCUAUGUGUACACUUCAUUCAUAUCUAAUUGGGAUACUGUUAAAAACUUGUGGCUUGUGUUCAUGAUAUUAGUGAAUGGGCAAGUAGUAAUUCUUUGAAAUUGAAGAGAAGUUUGAAGGGAAAUUUAAGAGUCCGGGAGUGGGGAUGAAUCAACCCUCCCCCCCCCAAGAUCUUGGCUGCCGAUGGCGCGAACGCCGUGGAAAUUGGCACGAUAGUAGUGUGGGAUGUAAUCUACAAGGCUGUAUAGGUUUUCUUAAUGUGAAUUAAUUAUGCUUAAAAUCACUUAAAAUAUUACAAAAUGUCUAGGUCUGCCCAGAUCCCUGCCAUGUGUAAAUCUUGGUCUAUAAUUAGGGGAAGGCGAUUUAAGUUGAGCCACCCCAGAAUAAUGAAUGAGUCAGACGUUUUCAACGUUGAAAGAAAUAAUAAUUU